AGCCAAAACGCCUCCCUCUUUUCUCUGGCCAGAAUCUCUCCUAAAGUUCGAAUACUAGAGAUUAGGGUUUUCUUCUGCAACACAGUGAAGUAGGCAGGGAGCGAUGGGUCACUCAAAUGUAUGGAAUUCGCACCCAAAGAACUACGGUCCUGGAUCCCGCGCAUGCCGAGUGUGCGGGAAUCCUCAUGGACUGAUCCGGAAAUAUGGACUUAUGUGCUGCAGACAGUGCUUCCGUAGCAAUGCCAAGGAAAUUGGCUUCAUCAAAUACCGCUGAGGAAUGGACCAUGAAUGUUGCUGGCGGGAUUUUCUGACGUAUGGUAGUCUAGGCUUUGCUAUUUUAAUAUGGUUGGUUGAUAAUUUUUGUGAACUUGUACUGGAAUUGGUUGAGACUUGAGAGCUUUAUUUUUUGAUAAAACAUCUUUUUGAUACUUAAGACGAUAUCCAUUUCGUCCUCUAACUCAUCUUGCCCAGCUAUUUAUUUUC